CUUGACUCUCACUCGUUACUUUUAAAACAUUGUGAACAUUGCAACAAUUAAUUAAUACGCAACGCUUGCUAAAAAGAAAAUUGUGCAGCUCUUUUACUUAGCUGCGCCUACGCAACUGUAUUGUAAUACUUAAACAAAAUUAAAGUAAGCGUAGAUAUAAAAAUGUCCAAUAGCAAUACGGACACCGGAGACACGACUGUUCUGGCGACAACAAACUUGUCGACGGUACAGGAUUAUAACCCAAUUUCCAAUGAAGGGGAGCCCGUUGAGCCUAGAGAAUCGCUGAUAACCACAGCAGUGAGCUUUUUACAAAACACCAAAGUACGCCACACUACACUUAUCCAAAAGCAGCAGUUUCUGCGGUCCAAAGGUCUAACUUCACAUGAAAUACAACUAGCCUGUGAGCGUGCAGGCGUCUUUAGUCAUGAUCCAAAUACCAUUAUCAACAUUGGAUCACAACUGGCAGUGCAGCAUCAGCAAACCGCUUUCGGCAGAUUGCGUGAGCUGCUCUACACAACAACGCUUCUCAGCGGUGUAGUCUAUGCAGUUUAUCUAUUUUGGCGGAAAUACAUUGCGCCCUUUCUCUUUGGAACACCCAAGAAGAAAAGCGUUGAUAAGGCUUUAGAGGAUAUUGACAAAAAGGUGGAGACGAGCACGCAGGCUCUGAAUGCAGAAAUAUCAGCCGUAAAGGAUUUGAUUACAGUACAGCAAAAGGAGCAGGCGCAGCAAAUGAAUCGAGAGUUUAGCAACUUUCGUAGUGAUUUGGAUGCCAUCAAAGGCUUAUUGUUGAAUCGUAAACAGUUCGCAUCGCCCGUAGCCCCUUCUACCGUGCCCUCCAUUCCAGCCUGGCAAUUGGCUAGCUCCCCACAUCGCCAUCGCCACAGCCACACUAGUCAGUCAGAUGAUAAUGACAAAGCCGACGAUGCCGGUUCCGGCUCAGGCUCCUCUGAGACCGAGGUAGUGACUAAGAACAGUGACUCUAGCUUAGAAAUUAUGUAAGAAGCGAAAAAGGCUAUAAAAUAAGCACCAAAGUGCAUGCAUUUUGUCAAACGAAGUCAAUAAUUGUACAUCCGAUGAAUAUUAUGGAUUUUGUUCACUUCAUAAAAUUUCAUAUCCGCACAGUAGCUACCAAAACUUAAUGUAUACACACAUUAUAGUAUGUAUACACACAAAUAUACAUGAAUGUAUGUAUAAUAAACAUAAAAAACUAAGCAAUUAAA